UCAAGGUUUCUCACAAGACUGCAAUCAAGGUGUUGGCUCAGGUGGUAGUCAUCUGAAGGCUUGACUGGGGAGGGAUCUACUUCUCAGAUUACUCACAUGCUUGUUUACAGGCCUUAGGUCAUGGCUAUCUGUUGGCUGGAGACAUCAUUUCUUUGCUAUGUGGGUCCUUUCAGUUCACAGCAUGGCACCUAGCAUCCCUGAGUGAGAGUGGCAAGAUGGAAGCCACAGUCCCUUUGUAGCCUAAUCUCGGAAGUGAACAUCCCAUCAUCUCUGAUGCAUUCUGUUUUAGUGACUAAAAGCAAGUCACUAAAUCUAGUCCACACUCAAAGGAGAAGAUUAUCCAAGGGCAUGAAUACCAGGAGAUGGGGAUUAUUAAAAUCAUUUUAGAAGCUGCCUAUCAUGCCAAGUUUCCAGUAAUUAUCUGCAGGAUUCGCCAUGACCCCAGCUCUGAGGGAGGCAGCAACAAAGGGUAUCUGCUUUUCAUCUCUACCAACUACCAUGGAGUCUGACAAGAUGCUAUGCAUGGAAGGCCCAAGAACUAUGGAUGAAAAGCUAAAGGGAGACACUUUCUCUCAGAUGCUGGGAUUUCCAACUGCUGAACCUACUCUUAACACUAAUUUUGUGAAUUUAAAACAUUUUGGCUCCCCUCAGUCUUCAAAACAUUAUCAGACUGUUCUUUUAAUGGGUUCUAAUUCUACAUUAAAUAAAUACAAUAAGAAUUGUAAACAAAAGAAAUUAGGGGAACCCAACUGCAAUAAGCUGAAAAACAUACUGUGUAAUGGCAGCAACAUUCAGCUCAGUAAAAUUUGUCAUUCUCAUUCUGAAGAGUUCGUCAAAAAGGAACCUCUGUCAGAUAACACAGGCCAUUGCAUGACAGAUGUAAAAAUUACUUUGGAUUCAAAUAUAACCAAAGACACUAAUGUAGAUAAAGUACAACUACAAAACUGUAAAUGGUACCAAAAGAAUGCACUUUUGGAUAAAGUUACUGAUGCUGAGAUUAAAAAGAGUUUAUUGCACUUUGCUCAAAAGAAAAUUGGGCCUGGCCAUUCAAAUGUGCCUGCUAGUUCCUCAGCUUCUGAAAAAGAAGAGGGAGUGAAUGCUCGUUUACUUAAUUGUAUAAGCAAACAGAAAAUUUUACUUAGUCAGGCUAGAAGAACUCAGAAACAUUUGCAGAUGCUCCUGGCAAAGCAUGUUGUUAAGCACUAUGGUCAGCAAAUGAAAUUUUCUAUGAAACAUCAACUCCCCAAAAUGAAGAUUUUUCAUGAACCUACUACAGUUUUGGAUAACAGUUUUUCUAAAUGCACUGAAAUUAAGCCAGACAUCAAUUUAUUGACUGCCGAGAAUAAAUUAUGGAAUGAUACAAAAAAUGGCUUUGCACGGUGUACAGCUGCAGAAAUCCAGAGAUUUGCACUGUCUGCUACAGGGCUGUUGACUCAUGUUGAAGAGGGUCUGGAUUCUGAUGCAACUGAUAGCAGCUCCGAUGACGAUUUGGAUGAAUAUACCAUUAGAAAAAAUGUGGCAGUUAACUGUAGUACUGAAUGGAAGUGGCUUGUAGACAGAGCAAGAGUUGGCAGCCGAUGGACGUGGCUUCAAGCCCAGAUUUCAGAGCUAGAAUACAAAAUCCAGCAACUAACGGAUAUUCACAGGCAGAUUCGUGCCUCCAAGGGGCUAGUGAUCCUAGAAGAAUGUCAACUUCCAAAAGACAAUUUGAAAAAGCAAAUACAAUUUGCAGACCAAGCAACUGCAUUAAAUAUUACAGGGAAUCCUCAGAUUCCCCAAGAGAGUCAAGAUCCUUUACCAGAACAAGAUUUUGAAAUGUCACCAAGUAGCCCUACAUUGCUUCUUCGCAACAUAGAAAAACAGAGUGCACAGCUGACUGAGAUCAUCAACAGUUUGAUAGCCCCUCUCAACAUGUCCCCAACUUCAUCACCCCUCCCCUCCAAGUCCUGUAGCCAUAAAUGUCUGGCUAAUGGCAUUUCCAGGAGCAUGAGCAGCGCAUCCCUGGAAAAGGAUAUUAUGUGGUUUUUAGUCCUUGGCAACCACCAUUCUACUUUGUGUCUCUAUGAAUUUGACUACUCUAGGUACCUCAUUACUUCAGAGAAUUUAGAUGAGCUCUCUUCCUCGAGUAGCUGGUUACUUAACCAGAAGCACAGUAAGAAAAGGAGAAAAGACAGGACAAGAUUGAAAUCUCCAUCCUUGACUGUCAUGAGUACAGCAGCUCGAACAAGGCCACUUCAGAGUUUCCACAAAAGAAAACUCUACAGAUUGAGCCCUACUUUGUAUUGGACUCCGCAGACUUUGCCUUCAAAAGAAACAUUUUUAAAUACUGCACAAAUGCCUUGCCUGCAGUCAGCUUCAACUUGGAGUAGCUGUGAACACAAUUCAAAGUCUCAAAUAUUAAGCGAACAUGUAUCAGAGUUAGACUCUUCUUUCCAUUCUGUUCUAUCAUUGCCAUCAGAUGUGCCUCUUCAUUUUCACUUUGAAACAUUGUUGAAAACGACUGAAAUAAAAGGAGAUCUUGCUGAAAAUAAAUUCCUAGGAGACUGUAUCAUAUCUCCAUCCCCUGUAUAUAAUUCUUCUCUGAGUCAAUGGAGAAAUGGAUAUUCUCCUACAUGCAAGCCUCAAAUAAGAUCAGAAUCUUCUGCACAGCUGUUACAGGGGAGAAAGAAAAGACACUUGAGUGAAACAGCAUUAGGAGAAAGAACUCAAUUUGAAGAAUUUGCUUUUCAACACGCAGAACCAGGAUCCCACAGUAAUUUUACUGCUGUUGCUAAUGUCAACGUUAUAUCAAGAACCCAAAAUUCAACACAUAAUACUGCACGACGGAGACUGAGAAGUGAGAGUUCUUAUGACAUAGAUAAUAUUGUGAUUCCCAUGUCAUUAGUGGCCCCAGCUAAGUUAGAGAAACUCCAAUAUAAGGAAAUACUAACUCCAAGCUGGAGGAUGGUUGUUCUUCAGCCUUUGGAUGAAUAUAAUGUAGAUGAAGAGAUAGAAGAUCUUUCUGAUGAAGUCUUCUCCCUAAGACACAAAAAAUAUGAAGCAAGAGAGCAAGCCAGAUGGUCACUAUGGGAACAAAGCAAGUGGCACAGAAGAAACAGCAGAGCUUACAGUAAAAAUGUUGAAGGACAGGACUUACUUUUGAAAGAAUACCCUAAUGACUUUAGUAGUGAUCAGCAAGGUGCUGCCGAAAGUCCGCAGAGUCAGGAUCUGAGUGCACAUGGCUCACCUUCAGUAAAUGAAAGCCAGGAAACCAAGUCUUUGUGGUGGGAACGACGGGCUUUUCCGCUGAAGGAUGAAGACACAGAAGCCUUAUUAUGCCAAGAUAAAAAAAAUGAUCAGAUUGAAAGUUCAAGCCUCGAUUUCAGUGGUGAAGUCUUCUGUACCAGCGCACCAGAGAACGGCCAAAAUCCCAAAAGGCAGGCAGACGGAAUGGAAGAAUACAAAACCUAUGCUGUAGGACUUACUCAUGUUAAAAAAAAAUAGGUGACAAGGAACAGGUUAAAAAAAAUGAUGGAACUGAAUGGAAAACAGGAGAAAAAAUAAGCCCCUCCAGUCACAAUUCCAGAGUAAGAGCAUAUACUGCAUAUAGUAAUCUUCUAUGCUCUCUAUGCAACAGGCAAGGUAUGUCUCUCUUUCCUUCUUGAACCACAGGAGUAUCUAACUAGCUUUUCACUUACAGACAAGUGGCUAGUCAUUCGUGUUUAUGAUACAGAUCAUAAGCACCAAAAAAUUAACUGCUGCAAUUUGGUGUCAAAUCACAUUACUGGCUGUAUUUUUAAAAGAUUUCACACCCACACAUACAUAUAUAGAAACACACACAUACCUGUGCAGCAAAUGACAGGUCUUCUUUUUUCUAUACACAUGGUACUGGAAUAUACAAAUGUGUGUACAGAGUAUAAAUAUAUACACACACAUAUGCACUGGCAGAUACCACUCCAAAAUACAUGUAUGAAUUACCCCAUGAAAUAAGCUGCAGUAUAAAUAAAGCAGCACAGGUUUCCAAUGAUAGUGAACACCUGAAAGUCUUGGCUACGAAGAGGGAUUUUAAAAAACAUGUUUAAGUAAUAGAAGUUAUUUAUGGAAAUUUCUAUACCAGGUAACACAACAUUAUUUUAUUUGAAAUCAGUGAUAUCUGUUGAACUAAACACAAGUCACUUUCUAUGCACCCCUAACAGAAUAGGACAAGCAAAGUAGAGUUAAAUAUUGGUGUUUUUAAAACUAUUACCUCCUUUAAAACUCAAAAUAAGCAACACAGGAAAGUUCUGUCAGUAUAAAAAUAUUAAUGUAUUUCUAGUUAAUUUGGUCAUUCUUUAUUACUCUAUUCAAAUAAGCAUCUAUUCUUACUUGUAUUCUAGAGUGGAAUUAAAACUAUCCAAAGGAUAAUGCUUCAGUAUUACCAAUACUGGAUACUGAAGUGUACAUUAAGGAAAAUUCCUUUUGAAAAUAUUACAUCAUUUUUUUCUAUAUAAAAGUUGAGGACAAUUUAUAUGAAUUGUUUUUUUCUCAUGUAAAAAAGGUUAUUCAAGUUGUAGUACCCAUAUAACUGACAAUGCUGGCCCAGACUUGGGGGAUUCGACACUGUUUUGUUAGGGACUAGAAAUUAUGCUAGUCCCUUUAAAGAAGAAAAAAAUUCAAUACUGACAAAUUUUUGCUUGUAGUUUUACUGUACAUUUAUUAUUUUUUUUAAGAAAACAAAAGCCAGACAAACCCAAGUUGUCCAGGCAUGUAAACUCAAAUCUUUCUGUGAUGUCUCAUUAUUAUAAUCUUCUAUGUAAGUUUUUUAAUUAAAGUUAUUUCUAUAUGU